AGUUAGAACUUGCAGGAAUCACCAAAAACACCGUCCACGAGCACUUCUCCACUCGGAUUGACUGGAACCAGAGAAGCCAACAGCGCCGCCGUCCGUCCACCGCUACUGGUGUCGCCGUCAUCGUCGUAUUUGAAUCUAGUACCGCCACCGUAGAGCUUGAGCAUUACUCGCCAUUAUGUCUUGGUGCACGAUCGAGUCCGAUCCUGGUGUUUUUACAGAACUAAUACAACAGAUGCAAGUAAAAGGCGUGCAGGUUGAGGAGUUGUAUUCUCUGGACCUCGAUUCUCUGGACAAUCUAAGGCCGGUAUAUGGAUUGAUAUUCCUUUUUAAAUGGCGUCCUGGGGAAAAAGAUGACCGUCUUGUAAUUAAAGAUCCAGUUCCAAAUUUGUUUUUCGCUAGCCAGGUUAUAAACAAUGCAUGUGCAACCCAAGCCAUCCUGUCUAUUCUGAUGAACUGUCCCGAUAUUGAAAUUGGCCCAGAAUUGUCUGCAUUGAAAGAUUUUACCAAGAACUUUCCGCCUGAGCUUAAAGGUUUGGCUAUCAAUAACAGUGAAGCCAUUCGUGCAGCCCAUAAUAGUUUUGCGAGACCUGAGCCAUUUGUACCCGAGGAGCAGAAGGCCGCUGGAAAAGACGACGAUGUUUACCAUUUCAUAAGCUAUAUACCCGCUAAUGGUGUACUGUAUGAACUCGAUGGGUUGAAGGAGGGACCCAUCAGCCUUGGCCAGUGUGGGCAAGGUGACACGGAUUGGCUGCGGAUGGUCCAACCUGUGAUUCAAGAGCGCAUCGAGAGGUACUCCAAAAGCGAGAUUAGAUUCAACCUCAUGGCUAUUAUAAAGAACCGGAAAGAAAUGUACACGGCUGAACUGAAAGAACUUCAGCGGAAGAGGGAACGCGUCUUGCAGCAGCUGGCGGCCUUACAGUCAGAGAGACUAUUGGAGAGCAGCAACGCGGAAGCACUUAACAAGCAACUUGCAGAGGUGAAUGCUGGGAUUGAGGGUGCUACUGAGAAAAUCCUAAUGGAAGAGGAGAAGUUCAAGAAGUGGAAAACAGAGAACAUCCGGAGAAAACACAACUACAUACCUUUUUUGUUCAACUUCCUCAAGAUUCUUGCUGAAAAGAAGCAGUUGAGACCGCUUAUCGAGAAGGCGAAGCAGAAGACAACCAACCCUAGGUAAAUGUAACUCUGACUGCCUUAAGUUAGCUGAAACCUCCAUUAGAAUUUUCUCUGCUGUUUUGGAGUCCUGCAACCUUCAGUUGAUCACUGUACUUUCUAUCAAAACUUCUUUUUCUUAAGUUAUGUUGUUGGUUAAAAAAGAGUUGUUGAAGUGGCUAAUGCUUUCAAUUCUGACCAUAGAAAUUCAAAGUAUGGAGUAAUUUUAGGGUAAAAUUUAGCCAACUCUGGCUUGGUACUUAA